AUGGAACUCUUCACCAAGUUGGGCGGAGUUUCACUAAUAAGAAAGGAUCCUUACAUCGAGAUGCACCAUCAUCAUCAAAAUCAACGGAACCUACGGCGUCGCCAACGUCAGAUCAAACCAAAUGUUUCCAGCACAUCUAUAUUGCUGAUACUGUCCGUAGUCAUGGCUGUUGCACGCGGAGAUGCUGAAUGUUCUUUGAGAUGCAUAAAUGAAUCAAAAUGCGUUGCCGGAAGGGCUUCUUUCGAUGACCACCCAAAAGAAGUUGAUGGCAGUGAUCUUCCAUUUCAUAAUGAUAAUCUGAGCCAAGACAACUAUCAUUGUGCUUGUGACAAAGGAUUCACUGGAUUGACCUGUGGCGUAGCUUUUGAAAGUUGUGGGGAUGCUUCGGAUUUGCACAAUUGCUAUCACGGCGCUCCUUGUGUGCCUACCGGUCAAGAUGAUUUUGGAAAUCAGCAGUAUGAGUGCAAUUGCAGUGCAGCUAGUGACGGGGACAAUUACUACACUGGAAAGUAUUGCCAAAAUGAACACUCAAAAGAAGUUGCCUGUGAUCAUAGCCAGGGCAUCUCAUGCAAAAAUGGCGGUGUCUGCAAGGUGGAUGAUAAUGAAGAUAACUUUUGCGAAUGCAGUGAUCGCUUUCACGGUAGCCUUUGCGAACUAGAUUCGGGUGUGAAUUGUGGCGAUAAAGUUUGCUUCAAUGGGUCGCCAUGUAUCCAAACAGAUCAAGGCGAGGCAUAUUGCGACUGUUCUCAAACCAAUGACCCCGACAGACGGUUCAUGGGAAGCUCGUGCGAUAAAGAAUUGUCAGUUCGUUGCGACGAUUCAAAAACAUGUUUGAAUGGGGCAGCAUGCGUUGACAAUGGCAAUGGUUCGUUCUCCUGUGACUGUACUGAAGACUGGCGUGGGGCAUCCUGUGAGUUUGCAAGUUAUGAGCAAGCAACCUCUGAAGCCGAAAACUGUGGCGUCGAUAUGUGUCUCAACGGUGGCACAUGUGUCCGAAGUGUCAUCGACUCGUCCGACGAGGCUUUGGGAGUCGAAGACCGUUGUGUUUGUCCCGAUGGAUGGACUGGUCCGAAAUGCGAAUACAAGUACGAGGACUGCGGCAAUGGACAACAUAUCUGUGUACACGGCUCCAAAUGCGUUCAGGAGGCAGGAAGCAAAGAUUGGACCUGUGAAUGCGAUGAGGAAUAUCGAGAAGACCAGAAUGACGUAGGAGAAUUCUGUCAACAUCACAAGAUGACAGUUUGCACUACGGCGGAUGCGGCAUUUCAAAUGUACGAUGGAGCAGCUUCGUCUAUCUACUGUGUCAAUGACGCAAUUUGUGUUGAAAUUGAGGAGAACGGACGAACUUUUCCGGCAUGUCAAUGUCCCAAUGGGUACAGAGGACCGCAUUGUGAGUUUAUUGGGCAACCUGUUCUGGUCAUUGAAGAAACAUCUGGGUUGGGAAUUGCGGCUUCCGCUGCUACUGUCUUUGGCUUUAUUCUCAUGGCUUUGGCCAUUACCACUUGCUUGAGUUUUGGGUUGGUGCAAAGACGAGCACUACGAAGGGUGAUUGUCGAAAUGCCCAAAGCUCCUCUCUACUUGGACGAUCCCAUUCGGGCAUUAGGCAAGGACGAUGAUGAUGUGUCUCUCUAUUCGCUCGAAGACGUAGAGUUAAUAUAA